AUGAGGUUGCAAGUUAAGUUUCCGGGUUUAGGCAGGAAGACUUUGUUCCUAAGGAGCAAGUUUCUAGGGUUGAUGUUCCUAAGGAACAGGUUCCAAGAAGACCUGGUUGCUGAGAAAGAUGUUCCUUCAGAAACACUUCCCUUAGGAAGAAACAAUUUGUAG